ACGGUGACAACCCGAUUCAUACACACUGGGCCUCUCGGGCUGUCCCUCCCCUUCCUCAGAAAAUUCCCCUUUCCCCGCAGGGCGUAGUUGCAAUGUUGGAGCUCGAAGCUUGAAGCCUCAGCCCUCCUCCUCCGUAUUCUUCCACUGAGCACCGUAUCUGAAGAAGAACCCACCAAUACUCCUUAUAGAUGGAUUCUUACCAUCAGACUCACCAUUUCGCGAGGGCUCCUCCGCCACCACCGCCGCCGUACUCCUCCUCCGCUGCAGAUCCCUACCACCACCACCAGCAACCAUCGUUGAGGCCACCAGUUCCUCCGCAGGGUCCAUGGUUCCCCAACCAAUUUCAAUACCAUCCUUCGCACUCUGCGUCGCCGACUCCUCCUCCUCCUCCUCCUCCUCCGCUUCCCUCUCAGUGGGGUCCGCCGGCGCCUCUUUCCGACCAUGCUCCGCCUCCUCCCGGUGCUUAUCCACCACCUCCUCAUCCUUAUACUUCACAACCUAUGCACCAAAACCCAUUUCCGCCUCCUCGCCCUCUCAUGUUUCAGCACCUUCCUCCUCAUUCUCAGGUUCCACAGUCUUAUUCACAGGAAUGGAACAAUCCGAAUCGGGCUCCGCACCAAGGCUGGGAUUAUCGAGCCCAAGGCAAUGAAGAAGAUUGGGCCGCCAGAGCUAGGGCAUGGGCAGACGCGAAGACUGCAAUGGAGAGUCAGCAAUCUCAGUUUGCACCUACAGGAAGACUUGAAGAACAGAACUAUUAUCACGAUCAAUAUUCGCAACCAAUGAAUUCAAAUCAUCCAGAUAUGUCUCAUCAGCCUCUUCCUCCUACAACCUAUGAACAGUUUCCAGCUUCAGCCACAUCCGCCCGCUCACCAGCAGGUCAUCACUUGGAGUCCUUACCUGUUGCUGUUAGCAGUGAACAAUCUUCUUAUCUUUCAGAUGGGCGUCCAACUUACUCUGUCGGUGAUUUUAGUUAUGGAGGCAACAUGAACUCUGCUUUACAUCAUCAAGGAAAGUUAUCCUCAAGUCCAUCGGUUCUUCAGCAGGAGGUACCUUCUAGUAAUUAUUCUGUUUCAGGUAAAGAAGAUACUGUCGAUCAAUAUGUUGAGUCGUUCAAAUCACUACCUCUGCAAAAUUCAUCAGUUCAUGAUGGACAGCAGCAUUUCCAACCAUCUAUUCCUCUGCCCUAUGCAUAUGGCAAUGAGCCAGGGCCAGUUGGUCCCGUGAUCAAUCUUGCAGAUCAGCCUUUAGAUUUUGCUCCUAGGUUUAAUCAUGACCAUGGUCUAAGAGCGCAUUCUGGCUUUGCUCGCAAUGACUCAGCUGGAUCCACUAGAGGCAUUGAUCCUGGUGUCCCUAUGUCUUCCUUAAAUUCAUGGUCUUCUAUUGCUCCUGGCAUGGUUUAUCCACCAAUUCCUCCUAUGGCUUCAGGAACACAGCUUGAUCCUCCAGUUGCUGUAUCUUCUUCUGUUCCUGGACACACACCACCUCCAUUUGGAAGCUUUGCUGGUUCUAGCAUCACUCCUGCAAUUCCUACUGCUGCUACUCCAUUUCCUGGAGCUGCACUUCCUCCCACAGUCUUACCUGGUGAUGCAUAUGGCAUGUCAAAUAUGUCUGAACGUCCAAAAAAGGCUUCCGUGCCAAAUUGGCUCAGAGAGGAAAUCAAGAAAGCAGUGAUCACAAGUUCUUCUGCUGACCAUCCUAAGGAGGGUACAGAACUCAUGGAGGAACAAGGAGUUGACAAGUCUUUUUCAAAGGAAGAUCUAACUGAUAGUAAAAGUAUUGAUUCAUCUAGGUCAGCUGAAGAAGAAGAUGAUGAGGAUUUUGUGGAAGAAGCUAGAACUGCAGCAAUAAAUCAAGAAAUCAAGCGUGUGCUGACCGAAGUACUUUUAAAGGUUACUGAUGAACUGUUUGAUGAGAUUGCUACGAAAGUUCUUGAUGAGGAUGAUCUUGCUGUCGAAGCCAAGCUCAAUAUAGUUACUUCAAAUCAAAAUGUCUCUUCAUCUACCUUGCCAGUUUCUACUCCCAAAACUUCUGCCAAGAUUUUGAUUCCAGUCAAAGUUCAGGAACCUGAUAAUGGUAAUACUAGUGAAAUGUCAGAUUCCAGCUCACCUGGAGAUUUACUUGGCCUUGGAAAUUAUGCUUCUGAUGAUGACAAAAGUGAUGAUAGAGAUGGUGAAAUUCAGAGUUCAAAUGUGCAAGAUGCAGUUAGAGAUGCUAGCACUCAAGGAAAUGUUAUAGGAAAUGACAUCAAUAAUGUUUCAACCAAUUCAGUUAAUGAAAUGAGUAAAAAAACAGGCUUGAAUAAGAUGAAUGGUGAUUGGGUGGAUGAAGAAAGAGGUCAAGAACAUUCAUUGAAGCCAAGCUCUAAAGGUAAAGAUAAAGAAACAAAACUUGGUGAUGGAACUGCCUCUGGGACAAAUGAUACUCCAGGCAUAGUAUCUGAACAGCAUGGAAAGAAUGUGAACGGUAAAAAAGGAUCUAAAGAUUCGCAAGAUGGGGAAACUAAAAUAAAACCACAUAGAAGUGGUAAGCAGGAGAGUAUGAGGGGUUCUUCAUUGAAAGAACGUGUUAAAGAAGAAGGGGAGGUAAAAACUUGGACAAACGAAAAAGCAGAUGAGAUUCGUGGGAGGCAAGAUACCAGGCACCUGAAGAAGGAAGAGUUAGAUGAUCAGAAUGUCCAAAAGGAAUCGUUGAAGGACCAAGGUGUUAAGUCUGGCGAGAAAGGUAAGGAUUCAGACUCUAGACACAGGUCUACGCAUCAUAAAAAGGAGGAAAGGAGAGAAGACAAGCUUCUCAGGGCUGGCACUAAAGAUGGUACUGAAAGGAAAAGGGAGUACACAAAAGAUGAGGAAGGCAGAACGAGACAGAAAAUCUCAAGUGACUCAAGUAGGCACAAGAGCAGUAGGGACAGAAAUAAAGACAAAGCAGUUGGUCAUACUUCAAGUGAUGACUCAGAUGAUUCUAAAAGGAAGGUGAAUUCAAGAAAACGAGAGAAGUCCCCAUCUCCGGUCAGGUCUAAGAGAAGACAAGUAUCGCGGUCACCACAUAGCAAGCACUCUCAGCGCAAGCAUUCUCCCCUCUCUUCUCUUGAAACCACCAGGGCAAGGAGGUCAAGAUCUCGUUCCCCUGCUAGACGGCGCAGAUGACUGUCAAAUGAUUAAGAAUUCCUAACUAAUUGUAUUGGUUUGAAGACUCGGAAUCUUAAUUUCAAUACCUGAAUCUGGACUCCUCGGAAAAGAUCCAUAAGCUGCGGAUUGUAUCGGAAUUCGAAGAGAUGGGCAAUGCACAGAAGUCUGUUUCAAUGGCUUUACUAGGUGGUUGUGAUACUCUUAAGGGCCAUGAACAUAUGAAUUGAUGCUGUCCGUUUGAACUGGCGAUACUACAUUCUGGUCUAUAUGAGCUGUUGCUUUAAAUGUAGAAGAUAUUGGUUACUGUUUCCAUCGGUGUAUGAUGAUCGUGGACUUGAAGGGAAAACCUCAGAAGGUGUUUUGAUUUUCUAAUGGUUGGUUACCCAAAUUAGGAAUAGGGUGCAAAAAGUGUAUGUAUGAUGGGAAAAGAAAUUUAACUCGAGGUUUGAACUUUUGGUGUUGUAUGUAUUCGAGUUAUUAAAUCUUUUUGUAGCCCUUC